GUUAUAUACUCUAGUGUUCUGCUAGCAUUUCUGAACCAUAAAAAUCAGCCAUAGCAAGACCCUGAUGUUUACUGGAUGCUUCUAAGGCAAACCAAUCAAUGUAAUAAUGUUUCUUUUCUUUUUAGGCACAAUGCUACAUACCUUAUGGCUGAUUCUACUGUUGGAUUUAGAAAAUGGACCUCCCAUCGAAGCUCUUUCCAUGAGGUUGGUAGAUGGUUUUGACAGUUGUUCUGGACGAGUGGAGGUUCUCUAUAAUGGAGUAUGGGGAACAGUGUGUGAUGAUAACUGGGAUCUAUCAGACGCUGCAGUGGUGUGUAGAGAGAUGGGCUGUGGAGAUGUUAUAGAAGCAAAAAAUGUUGCUUAUUUUGGAGAAGGUUCAGGACAAAUAUGGAUGGAUGAAGUAGGUUGCAAUGGGGCUGAAUCCUCACUGACUGAAUGUCCAACAAAUGGAUGGGGAAUACACGACUGUAGUCAUUACGAGGAUGCUGGAGUCAUCUGUCAACCUGGAUCACUUGUUAGGUUGGUAAAUGGCAUGGACUCUUGUUCUGGAAGAGUGGAGGUUUUCUAUGAUGGUCAGUGGGGAACAGUGUAUGAUAAUGGCUGGGAUCUAGCAGAUGCUGCAGUGGUGUGUAGAGAGAUGGGCUGUGGAAGUGUUAUUGAGGUGAAGAAUGCCUCCUAUUUUGGACAUGGUUCAGGACCAGUGUGGAUAGAUGAUGUACAAUGUAAUGGAAGUGAGGAUUCUUUGAUAAACUGUACAUCAACAAAAUGGGGAAUAACGAGUUGGGACCAUUCAAAUGACACCGGAGUAAUCUGUAACCCACUUAUUAGGGUGGUGGAUGGCAGUAACUCUUGUUCUGGAAGAGUGGAGGUUCUCUAUAAUGGAACAUGGGGAACAGUGUGUGAUGAUAACUGGGAUUCAUUAGAUGCUGCAGUGGUGUGUAAAGAACUGGGCUGUGGGGAUCUUAUAGCAGCCAAGACUGAUGGAUAUUUUGGAAAAGGUUCAGGACAAAUAUGGAUGGACAAUGUAAAUUGUAAAUCGAGUGACACUAAACUGAUGAAAUGUGAAUUUAAUGGAUGGGGAAUACAUACCUGUGAACAUAUAGAAGACGCUGGGGUCAUCUGUAGACCACUUAUUAGGUUGGCGAACAUGGCUGGCCGUUUCGCUGGGAGAAUAGAGGUUUUCCAUGAAGGACAGUGGGGAACUGUGUGUGACUACGGCUGGGAUCUAUUGGAUGCUAAUGUUGUGUGUAGAGAGCUGGGCUUUGGGAGUGCUACACAAAUAAUUGGUAGCUCUUAUUUUGGCCAGGGCUCAGGACCAGUGUGGGUAUAUAACGCACAAUGCACUGGAAGUGAGCCGAGUUUAAAGAGAUGUCCAUCAAUGGUAUUGCAGGCUCAGAACUGUAGUCAUCUUAGAGAUAUGGGAGUCUUCUGUAAAGCCAAUGUCAGGGUAGAUACUGGCGGUUGUCGUGGAAGGGUGGAGGUUCUUCACAAUGAUCAGUGGGGAACAGUGUGUACCGAUUCCUGGGAUGCUAAAGAUGCUGAAGUGGUGUGUAGAGAAGUUGGGUGUCCACCCGGUGCUGAAGCAAAGAAAUAUAACUAUUUUGGACAGGGUUCGGGACCAAUAUGGAUGGACAACGUUAAAUGUAUGGGGAAUGAAACAACACUGAAGGACUGCAGUUUAAAUGGAUGGGGGAGAAAUGAUUGUACCCAUGUAAACGAUGCUGGAAUCAUCUGUCGAGACAUUAGACUGGUUAAUGGGGCCAAUAUAUGCUCUGGAAGAGUGGAAUACUCCUACUAUGGACAAUGGAGAACCAUCUGUGAUGUUGGCUGGGAUGCUACAGAUGCUGCAGUGGUGUGUAAUCAUAUGGGUUGUGGGACCCUUAUAGAAGCAAAGACCAGGGCAUAUUUUGGACAAGGCUCAGGACAAAUCUGGCAGGAAAAUUUUAGAUGUCUUGGGAAUGAACAUGGAUUGUAUUGGUGCCCAUCAAGUGGACAGGGAGUCAACAGCUGCAACCAUACACAAGAUGCUGGGGUCAUCUGUCGAAGUUUGAAGUUGGUGGGCGGUGUCAACGCAUGUGAUGGCAGAGUUGAGAUUCUUUAUGAUAGUCACUGGGGAGCAGUGUGUUACAAUGGUUGGGAUCUAAUAGAUGCUACAGUAUUGUGUAGAGAGCUGGACUGUGGUGACAUUGCAGAGGUAAAGGGAUAUAUUGGCCCUGUGGGGCCAGUGUGGAUGGAUAAUCUCAGAUGUACAGGAAAUGAGUGGACAGUGCGAGACUGCCCUUUCACUGGGGGUUUGAGCAGUUGUUUGAAUGGGGUUCAUGCAGGAGUUCGUUGCACAAAAUUUGUUAGAAAAGGCGUGGUGAAGAUUUUGGUGAAGGCUAAAACUGGUGUCAAUGUCAAUGACCCAAAUAUCAUGAAAAAACUUUUGGACAAGAUGACGCAAGUCGUUCAAAGUUCAAAUAGGAAGAAGUUUAGUGUGACAUGGAGAACACACUCGGAUGGGCUUGUAUUCCACAAGGACAACACAAUGGCAGGUCAGGGGUCAGAGGGCCUCAAUCCUUGCAUGCCAGUUUACUAAUUAUUAUUCCUAAUAAUAUAAAGGUAAUCUUUUAAUGUUAACCUUUGUUUCACUGUCUGUACUCAACUUUAUAAUGAAUUAGAAUUAAAUCUCUUAUGAAAUAUGUAGUAGGUGGUGCAUGGCUUAAGAAAGCACAAUCUAAGCUCUACACUAGCCUUAAAUCUAACAAUUAAUUGUUCUCUAUAUCAACAUAAACUGGUUGCCAGAGCACAAUUUUUCAGGGAUAGCCUGUGUUUGAUGUAUCCAAAUGAGCAGAGGGAGCGCCUCACAUACCACAUGACCAGUUAAACAAAUUGAGUAGAUCUAAUUUAAACCUUCUUCUGAGUUUUCCUUGUAAAGAGAUGCACUGUGAAAGAGUUGCCGAGCAGAUGAAUGAAGUGAGCAUAUUGAAAAGAUACAAAAUCUGGAAGAAGGCCAAAAAGACAAUUUUAUUUAUUUUUUAAAGCUAAAGGAUUAUUUUGCUCAUUAACAGCAUUGUACUGUAUGCUGUAAGAUGAUACAACAAUGUUAAUACUGAAAAAUGUUCUUAUGUUUCAAAAUUUCAUAAUUGUUUAACUCAUAAUCAUUACAAUGUGGUCAAUCAUUUUUUCUUUCUUUUUUUUUUUUUUUUUUACAUCAGUUUGUCAGUGAACUAUUUCUUGUACUCAGUGAGCUGAGCAUAUUUUGAAUAAAUAAUUAUAACAAUAAAUAACUUUAGGAUCUGUGCAGUCUGAAUAAUGAAGAAAGAACAUAGACUUGGAUUUAAAUGGCUGUGUUGUAUUUUAAAAAUGAAAAUGAAAUCAUUCAUCUUGAUUAAAAAAAAAAAAGAUUCCACACAUUUUCUUACCACGCAAGAACCCUGCUUACAGACACAAAUCCAAGCAUGCAAAUCUUAAACAAAAAAAGUUUCUACAUAAACCAAACCUGCCUGCUUUCCAAACUUAAAGAACAACAACACACCCUUUGAUAUCCAUGAGGUCAUUUGAUUAGUAAAACACUUCGAUGCAAAUGCAAUUGUGAGGAACGUGCAUGCUAUGUUAAUGUGUAAAUGUUUGGUAAACACGGGAUUUUAAGAUGGAAUCGCCUUUGUGCCAUUGUUGGUCUUUUAGGUAACAAUGUUUUGUUAAGAUCUGAGCUAUAUUUGCUUUCAUGUAAAUUUGAUGCAGGUUUAAGUGUCUUUUAAGGUUAUUUGUAAGUAAUGGACAAGCUCAGUUUUGUUCUCAGUAAUGCUUAGGAAAUGUUCAUAAUGCUAUAUUGUCUUUGAUGAGCAGUUGCUUGCUUGAUGCAGAUAUUGUUAGCAUCCUUCAGCAUGAAAGGCUUUAGCAUUUAUGUAUUCAUAAAGUACCUUAGUUGUGUAAAGGCAUAAAUGCAAUAUCUGCCACCAAGCGGAGGUCAAUCUUUUGUCUCCAGUAUAGGCAUAAGGGUCAAGUUCUUCUUGAUGACAGAUUAAUGCUGUGGUUAGCCUUGGAGUACUUUCUAUCUAUCUUUCUAAAAGUAAUUCAAAUUUGUACAAAGAGACCAUUUUUAACUGAGGGAGAAGUGUUAGUGUAAGUGUUAAACUUCUGUUUUCUGCAGUCUGGUUUAUAUUUCCUUCACAAAUAAAACACAUAACUGGACCCGAGCCCUGACAAAUUAUAAUGAUGUAAUAUUGCCCAUGUAAUGUUAUUGGAAAUUAAAUUGACAUGUUUUAGGUUGUUUAUUUUUGGUCUCAAAUGGGCCAGAGCUGGGUCAGGGCACACAAUAUAUUGAGCAAACAAUGGAAACAUUACUUCCUUGUCUUAUUGGAAAAUUAGGAUCUAAUUGAAGAAAAUGGGGAACUUUACUUUUACACA